AUGAUGGAGAGUACAAGUUUGACCAUCCAAGUAAUGUGGCGGGCGCCACAAGCCGGCUCCGGGUGCGUCAUUUUUACCGCGAUGAUUUUGGAGAACAACGUACGAUGGUACGCGGAAGAUGGUGCUCUCAUUAAGACUAUUUGCGAAUUGACAAACACGGAAGUCGAUAGUUUAAACGAAACUAAAUGUUGCGCUUGCGACGAAGCAAAGUACUCGCUAACUAUGGAGGGCAUUUGGUCGAAUAGAACGCACCCGAAAGAUUUCCCAUUUUCUGCCUGGUUGACUCAUUUUAGCGACGUCAUCGGUGCAUCACACGAGCCAAAUUUUUCCUUCUGGGGUAGAGAUCAUGUCGCGACGGAUGGUUUUCGACAAUUGGCUGAGUGGGGAUCCGCGACGGGCGUGGAAGCGGAAUUGAGAGAGAAAGCCAGGCACCUCAGGACGCUUAUUAAAGCUGCCGGUCUAUGGUAUCCUAAUGUUAAUACAAAUACAACGACGAGCUUUAGGGUAGAUCGAGGACAUCCUCUUCUCUCGGUGGCUUCGAUGCUGGGUCCGUCUCCCGACUGGGUAGUAGGAGUGAGCAAAUUGAAUCUAUGUCAGAAGGACUGCACCUGGACGAAGAGUAUGAUAAUCGAUCUUUAUCCUUGGGAUGCCGGUACUGACAACGGCAUUAGUUAUAUGUCGCCAAAUUCUGAGACGAAACCACGUGAAAAAAUGAAGCCGAUAACAACACUCUAUCCGGAGGAUCCGCGAUCACCGUUUUAUGAUCCGUCCGGUAGGCCCAUGCACCCACUGGCCAGAUUGUACUUAAAUCGGGAAAAAAUUAUUCCACGUGGAUGCAGCGAGGAACUUCUGCAGCAGCAAGUAACUGAUUUAGAAGUGGCCGAAAAUACUGAGGAUACAUCGAGACCGGAAUGCCAGACGACGGAUUAUUCGCCGUGGUCGUCGUGUUCAGUAACCUGCGGUAAAGGCUUAAGGAUGCGCACGAGGUCGUAUAGAAUGCCAGAGAAAGCUGCUAUGUUCAACUGUAACAGACAGCUGGUUUCGAAGGAAAUGUGUGUCGCGUCUAUUCCUGAAUGCUCGGGGGAGGAGGAGAGUGAAGAUGAUAUAAUUUCGCCGCAGAGCGAUCCACUUUGCGAAACCACCGAAUGGGGCGAGUGGUCCGAGUGUUCGAACACGUGCGGGAUCGGUUUGAAAAUGCGAACAAGAAGGUUCCGCGACCAUCGCGGUCGCAAACGAUGCCCGCUCGUGUCGCUCGUCGAGAAGGAGAAAUGUAUGGAACCACCAUGUCAAGCGGGAACGGAAGAAUUGCUUGAUCCUGUGUGCAAGGUGACGGAUUGGUCCGAUUGGUCGCCAUGUAGUGCUUCUUGUGGCAAAGGUGUGAAACUGAGAACCAGAUUGCUGAUAGUCGAUCCAUCGCUGCAAGCGGAAUGCUCUUCGCGCGUGGAAUUACUUCAGCAAAGGCCAUGUCUCGUUCAGUCGGACUGUACAUUUGACAUGGCAACAGCAAAAGUCGUGUGUAUGGAGGAUGCAGAUCCCGGCCCGUGCAGGGGUUACUUUCAGAGGUGGGCUUUCAACCCGCGGAAAUUAAUGUGUGUAUCCUUCGCGUACGGCGGAUGUCGUGGCAACCGGAAUAAUUUCCUAACGGCGGACGAGUGUGGCAAUACCUGUAAUGUUGUGAGAGUUGCCCUUACUGGCCAGGCCUUUAACGAGACCGUAAACCGAGAUCAAACACCUACCGACUCGUUGACUCCUCCUCCGCCACCUCCUCCCGUGGAUUGUGUGGUGACUCGUUGGUCAAAUUGGUCGCCGUGUAGUGUCACUUGCGGCGUUGGUCGCGUCACAAGUUAUCGUACAAUCGAGCGAGAGGCUGCAAACGGCGGUCGUCCCUGUCCGAAGAAACUGCAUCGUCGUUAUCGUUGCGAGCUGGCGCCGUGCGAAUGACUCUUUACUGAUAUUUAAAUUAAGAUAUGCAUACGUAGUAGAUUAAGGAAUAUACUUAGGCAAAGGAUCUGUCAAAAAAAGAUAGUUUAAUUACAUCUGCAAAGAGGUAAAUCUCUGUAAAUUUUUAAUCUUAUUGUUAGAACGUACGAGACCUAAAUACACGAAUGCAUAACGUGGAUUAUGUCCCGUGCGUAGUUUGAUUAUUUCUUAUAUUUCUCUGCUCCCGAUGCUUUUCCUAUAUGCCAAAAAGCUUUAUGGUAACGAAAAAUUAAUUUGAUUAAAAAUGUUUAAGUAUCAAAAACCAUUUUGGAUUAUCGUGUGUAUUGCAAAUGAAAUAUUUUAAUAACUUUACACUUUGCAAAGCGAUCCACGUUGAACAUUCAACAAAUUAAUAUUAAUCGAUGCCUUCAUAAACUAUCAAUGUACAUUACUGCCAGUCCUCUAUUGCCAAUAUUUAUCGCCUUUUAAAGUAAUCGCGUUACAAACAUUCCAUGCUGUAUUCUUUUUACAAAGUGCUGGAUAUGAAAUAAACGGAUUAUCAGAAUAAA